AUGGCAAUGCCUCUCGCUUGGCCUGAAAUUGCUCAUACAGCAGAAGAUGUGCUGCAGUUCUGCAAGAUGAUUGCCAGAGGAAGUAACUACACUCAGAUUGAUGAUCUGUCACGGAGUUUGGAAAGGGGGUCUACAACAAACUCUUGUUUGUUCCAGAUCAGCAGCUCAAGUCUGACAGACAUCUUGAACGAGAUUCCGAUGCUGGGCAAACAAGUUUUUGACAUGAAGCUGGACGAAGAGAGAAAAGUCAACCCUCAGAAUCCUGCGAAAACUGUGCAGAUCAGCAACAACAGGGUGGUGUAUUAUGAAAGUUUUCAUUUGCUGAUCAACCGCUACACGUACAACAAGAAUCAUGGAAUCUCUUUUCACAAUGACAUUAAAGAAGGAUAUGAUGUGGACAAAGAUCCCAUUACUUCUUUCUCCUGCCGACUCGGGUCUUUGCUGGUUAUCAUCUCCAGCACAGCACCAGAAAAACAAGAGAAGACCGAGGGCAAACGUGCGUUUGUUGUGUAUCAGCCUCCGGGAACAAUUCUUGUGAUGGGCGGCAACUUUCAGAGAGCUUACAAACAUGGUGUACCAAGUUUUCAGGAGAUCAAAGAGCUUCUUGCUUGUGCAGACGACUUGACUACUUGGGACGGUCUGAAACUAAAAUUGGAGUGGUUUUCGAAUUCGAAACACUUGAUGCAAGAGGAAGUUAAACGUAUUGACUCCUUGAAUCUGGUCAACGAGCAAGACGCACGUUGGAACGUCACAAUGCGAUGGGUGAGAAAUCACUCACAGCCUUUCUGUCCUCUAAAUCCCCGACUCUUGACAAGUAUCAGUCGACUGGAUGAAGAAAAUCAUCAGCGGAGGAAUCAGCAGAAGCAGCUGAAACUGUUGAACCCGGUAUUGCAGAAAAAAACUGCAGAGCCAAAGGCAAAGGCCGCUAGCCCGGCAUUUGCUUGGAACCCGCCCGGAGGAAACAGAGCUCGUCCAAGCAAAAGCGGAACACAGGAUGUGAAUCCGGGGAGGGAAACCGAGGAGAAAGAAUCGGAGAAAGAUUCCGAAAAGGAAUUAAAUGAGAUAUUUGACUUCGUUUCUAUUAUUUCUGAUGCCCUGGAGCUGCAGAUAUUAUCAGACGAUCAGAUGAUGGACAUGGCAUUGUGUGGCAGCCAACAAAUUCGCAAACAUCGUUUCUCCACAUUUCAGGAACAGUACAAUCUUGGUUACAAUUUGUACAACAAGAUUUCGGCAGCCAAUAUGAGAGUGAAAGAGGAUUUAGACCCGUUACUCAAGGCUGUGGAUCGGAAACUGAGGAGAUUGAAAAACUUGCAGAUGCUUAUGGAAGUAUAA